AUGAAAAGUGAAUCUAUUGAAAUGUGUGAAACCUUUUUAAGAGAGACACCAAUUCAACGAGUAGCUGAAAAAUUCAAAUCUUAUUCAACACAGAAAGAUCUUUAUCGUCAAUGGAAUGGAGUAAACUAUUGUAACCAAUUUAAAGGAUUAAUUGAACCGCCUCUGCAACUUAAUGAUGAAGAGAAAGCUUAUCCAAUAGCUUACUCCAUGUUAGUUUAUGAAGAUGUUGGUAGAGUGGCUCGAUUAUUACGCUUAAUUUAUCGAUCGAAUAAUAUUUAUUGUAUACAUGUGGAUAGAAAGUCUUCUGAUUGGUUCUAUGAAGAAAUUCUGAAAUUAUCUCAAUGUUUUAAUGGUAAUAUACAUGUUAUCAAGCGAUCAAAGAGUAUACCUGUAAACUGGGGACAUUAUUCAGUACUAGAAAGUUUCCUUAUUUGCGCUGAUACACUACUGAAUGAUACGAAUGUUAAUUGGAAAUAUUUAAUGAAUAUAAAUGGAAAAGAAUUACCAUUACGUACAAAUUGGGAAUUGAUUUCUGCAUUGAAAGCAUUGAAUAUGUCAAAUGUUGUAGAAAUGGCUACACGAUAUGGAAUUGAAGGUCGAAUACCUGAAAAGAAGCCAAGUUUCCCAGUAACAUGGGUCAAAGGAAGUUUUCAUAUCGCUUUACGAAGAGAUAUGAUUCAUUAUUUACUGAAUGAUAAACAUGCAUUAGAGUUGACAAAAUUAUUCAAAGAAGAAGAACAUCUAUUGAAGAUUCCAGAUGAAAUGUUAUUCAGUACAUUAGUAUAUAAUCCACAACUUGGAGUUCCAGGAGCUUGUCUUAGCAUGCAUGAAUCAUCAAAUGAUGAAAAUUCUAAAUGGAAAUUUAUUGGACGAUAUAAAAUCUGGUGGCCAGAUUAUUGUGCAUCAAAGCAUAUUGUUCGUGGUAUCUGUAUAUUUGGUGUACAACAUUUACACACAUUUACACAAAGAAUUGAAUUAUUCGCUAACAAAUUCAAUGAUGGAUUUCAUGAUUUAGCAUAUGAUUGUUUAGAAUAUUGGAUUUUAAAGAAAAUCAAAAAUGAACAAUUAACAGGCAAAUUGGCUAAGGGAUUUAAUACAACAAUCUACUCUAGAUUAUUUUGCUCUCAAAAUCAUAUCUAAAGGGAAGUGUUAUUCAAAGGAUACACAUUAAUCAUAUCAGUUGACUAGUGAUAUAAUCCCUAUACACAUUGAAAUGUUUACAUACAUAUAUAGUUCUAUUAUUGGUGUAAAUUUUUCAUAUCCUCCUUGUUUUCUUC